AUGAAAGGCAAUUCAUCAAACUCCGAAAGGAAUGAAAACAAAAGAACAUUUGUAUGUUUGAAUAGCGCGGAUCCCAAUUUGUUCUAUUGGUCUUAUAUUUGUUCCAAUGACCUUCGCGUUGGUGGCAGUCUAAUCAUGUCGAGCAUUUUCUUGUUUGCUCAGGAUCAUGGGAAGGGUGAAAGUUCCUACAGCCAAUUACAGAAUGAUUUGCAUGAAAAGUUAAAGGAAAUUUCUGAACAAAUCAAGCGAGAUGGGGUUUCCAUACCUGAUGUUCUGCGUCCACUAACACGGGACUCUAUAGCACAAUGUGUAAUCAGUCAUUCACAUAUAGCCUUUCGUUUAGAGAACGGCCAAGUGUGUCGGGUGGCUUAUACUAUAAAUUCUGAUCGUUUAUCACAGAAGCCUGAUAGAAAGCGAAAGCAAGGGAUGUCGUACAGUGACUCAUCAAGUACAGUUAGAGAGGGUGUCACAGCUCGUACUGGAAGUGCACAACACGGAAGUCGUUCAUAUAGAUCACCCUUAAAUGUCCUUGGUAGAACCUCCAGAGGUAUCAGUUUUCUACGUGAAAUGCAACGUCAAGGGAUUUACCUUGCAAGGCCGCUUACACAUCAAAUUCCUGAAAGCGAAAUUCCAGAAGUAUUGAUCGAGGAAUGUCAAACGGUUUUGCAAGGAAAGUCGCGGCAAGUGAUCGUCCGUGAGCUACAGAAUACGAAUUUGGACGUUAAUAUGGCUGUAAAUAACUUGCUUUCUCGUGAUGAUGAGGCGGAACAAGGUAACGGCGGAAAUUCUACUGAUGGAAACGCACCGGGAUCCGGAGCAGGAGGAAACUCGGAUGACUGGGACGAUGAAGCAGUGGAGCUGUUGUCAUUCUUCGAAUAUCCAGAUAGUCACGGACUUUUUGAGACCGAUGGGCUAAUAGCUGAUGAGAUGGCCGGACCCCCUACGUCCCCACGUUUCCGCAGCGAUUUGACAUCUGAAUAUGAAUAUGGUUUUCUUACUGACCGUCGCAAACGUCGACGUAUGGAGUCCCAUCUAUAUAGCAGAGGUAACGAUCUUUAUUCUGGUCGCAAUGCUUCUGUCGUCAGCGACACAACGUACAACAGGACCUCUGUUUCGGAUUCAUUCAGAAACCCGACUGCUUCAGACUCCGCGAAUGAUAAUGUCAAACAAUCUGGCAGUUCUACUCGUUAUUAUGUACAGCUGUGUGAUGUACUCGAAUUCUGGCCUGAUCCUGAAAAUUCAGAAUUGAAUUUGCACUUUGUGCAUAUCGUAGCACUUCAUUCUGAAUUGGUUGCUUUAACAGCUUGGGGAGAACUUCAUCAAUGGAGAUGGGGAGAUGCUACCCCUUUUAUUAUGCAUAGUACAACAAAUUUAAAAGAAGUUAACGAUAAAAAAAUUAUGGACUCGGAAUCCACAGGACAUUCGGAACAUGGCUUUUCUGUGGUGUACCAUCCACGAGUUUUGGAUCUCGGUUUGGCUGAUGAUAAAGUAAUAAGACUUUCUGGCUGCGCUACUCGAGCAACUGUAUUAACAGCUACGGGAAAGUUUGCUACUUGGAUGGAUGAAAGUCUUAUCCAUUCUUUACCUGCCUCCUACCCAUUAGGUUCUUCAUCUGGUUCCUUAGGAAUGGAGCAUCAGGCUGUUUGGUUUCCUGAGCUACGUGAUGAGACCGUUGUCGAAAUUCAUACUGCUCCACUAGUGACUGUUAUCCGAUGUCUAUCUGGUUCAGUAUAUUGGUGGGGAAUUUAUCCUUCCUACAUGAGGCAGCGAGCAAUCGAGAAAAUGCGUCAGAAUCGUGUCUCAUCAGUUUCUAAGAGAACUAGUGUAUCAUCCAAAAAUUCUGGGAAUCGUCGGUAUUCCAGUAUCCACUCCACUACAGAAAUAUCAAAUACUAGCACAGGAGAAAUUCAUGCGCAAAACAUGGCUGAUUCAUUGAGUUUAAGUACUGGGAUUGUACCUGGCUCCUUCGUUUGCAUACGUAGUGCUCCAAUAUUUCAUGCUGGGGCGAUUGGUUUUACAGUAGUUGGCGGAAUACCGAAGGUGGGAACACUACUCGAAGAUGCCUGGAAAACAACAGAUGUUUGCCGCUUUCGUGUCAAUAUUAUGAACUCCACUUCCUUUACAUCAGGAAUUAAUGAAAACCCACUUCAUCCUCCUGCUCUAUCAUCUGAUUUGUCACAACACAUUCUGACUUGCCCUUAUGCAUUGGGUUUAACAGUUCACAAUCAACAAAGCUCGUCACAAUGCUCAGUAUCUUUGGUUAACAGUGUCUCAGGAGCUCAGUUCCCUAGUGACCAGGUAGCGGUUUCAUCGGGUGGAAACAAUUCUGCCCUAACAUUUCAGGAAAUGCCACCCCCACCAUCUCCUGCUUCUUCCACAUGUAGUGACCAGUCAGGUCCUGUGAGAGUAAGCCCAGGAACAUUUAAGAGGAAGAAGGUUCCUAGCGUCUCGGGCGAUCGUGGUGAACGUAUCGUUGGAGAUUGGGACAUCGGUAAUCAAAAUAAUGGUCGCAGUGUGCGUGGACGCUCCGCUGAUCGGGACUCUUCCAAUGGUAUUUCACUCAGUUCUGCUAACAAACGUGCGUCCGUCGAUUUAGGACAUGAUGCUAAUGAUAUAACGACUAGAUCGGAUAUAGGAUUCAAUAGGGCAUCUAACAACUCCAUAGUUACAGAAGAGGAUUGGUGUCUGAGUGAUGUUGUGUUCGUCGAGGAUGGCCGAACUCAGCCAGUGGGUAUUGUACUUAAAGUGGAUGGGAAUAUUGCCGCUGUUAAAUUCUUGAAGGAGCAAGAACGAUCAUGUGUGGCUGCCAAUUGUCCAUAUUCUCCUGUAUGUACUCUCAUUAAUAGCAUUUUGGGAAUCGGUUCUUCAUUAGCCGCCACAACAUCCACUUUUCCCUCCAUAUCCGCUGACCCAAUGAGUUGGCUCAACGAUUGUCGAUUACUACGCAAAGAAGACUUAACAAUUGUUCGUAAUGCUGGGUUGGUACGGGUCCCUGAUGUUGUACAACGCACGCCUAGACGUGUGUUUUCUGCCCCGAGUGGCGGUCGGAAUUCAGCUGAUUCAAAAGUUGUAAAAGGAUUGCCUUCCCCUGCUCCUAAAAUCUUAGCACUUGCGACUGAAAACAGUCGUAUCCAUGUAAUUGCAGAACAAAUGGAUGGUGGAUCUUAUCAAUCCGCUUUGUAUCAGGUUUACAAUCUAUCAGGAAAAUUGAUUAUCAAUCAAAGAAUGCCAGUAAGCGCUUCUGCACUCAAACCUGUUUCAGAACUAAAAGAUGGAUCAGCCACACUAACCUGUCCAUCUGAACAUCCGUUACUGCUACGCGACCCUGGAGGUCUAGUAAUACCUUUUAUUCCACCUUCAAGAACAGCCAGUCAUGAAAUAUGGACUAGUUUGAUGUCGGUUGAUCUCCCUCCUGUCCAGUGUGCAUCUUUCGCCUGGAUUCGAAAUAAUUUGCCGUCAUCUGGAACCUCAGGAUGUAUGAAUGGACGGCAGUCUUCAAAGUCACAAAGUGAACAGCAGCCACGUUGUCUGUUUGGCUUAGUUGUUGUACAAGACCUGAAUUUAAUGCAGCAUAUUCUUCGAGCCAAUGAUGUCCAAGUUGAGAAACUGUUGGCUGCUGAUCUGUCUUCAGUGGAAAGUCUUAAAAUUGCAUGUGAACUGGCGGAUGGACGGCGCAAUUUACUUCACAUGGCUGUAUCAAUGUGUGCACCGCAGUCUAACAGAGAAACUAGUCCUGAAUGGCUGUCAAAACUUGAACCUAUCCUUACUGGCCCAGUAUUACGAUCUACUUUUGAAGAUAAGAACAAAACAAUUAAGGAGGCCAACGAAUCUUCUGAUGCUACUGUGGUAAAAGUAGUUAAUUCAAAUACUUCCAGCCGUCAACCUUCAUUUUGGUCAUCCGUAGCUCGAUCUUCUGGUGGCUCAGGUUGUUUAAGUAUGCAUGAACUGUUUAUUCGAUCUUCUAUUGAAGCUGCUACUGUUGCGGCGGCAGCAGCAUUAUCCAACUCUACCUCACGUGGUGAAUCGGACAUACGCAUCACCUCCAACACUACUCCGUCAUCUGGAAAUGGUAUAAAUUUUUGGCAUCUUCCCCCAGUACGAAAAGAUGAACUUACUCGAAGAAUAUCUUCAUAUCGCAUACUUCGUCUUUUAGUAGAGAGUCGACAUAUGGUGCCUAGUUUGAUCCCUCUUUUGACUGCUCGCAAUACUGAAGAUCUUACACCAUUUAUGUUGGCGAUUAAAAUUCGAGCUUACAGUGUUGCUCGAUUUUUAUACGACACAAUUCGGUGUAUUUCCGAAUCGCCUGUCAAUUCUACUGUGAACGAUUUAACGAAUGUUCCCAUGCAUCAGGCUUCUGACCGAUCUGCUUUAGAUUUCUUCUCUCCAGCCAAUCACAAACUGGAUGAUUCGCCACUUUUUCAGCUUUGUUAUAACGACACUUGCAGUUUCACAUGGACAGGUCCUGAUCAUAUUAGACAAGAUAUCUUCGAAUGUCGCACUUGCGGUUUAAUGGACUCUCUGUGUUGCUGUACGGAGUGCGCUCGUGUCUGUCACAAAGGCCAUGAUUGCCGCUUAAAAAGAACUUCUCCAACAGCCUAUUGUGAUUGUUGGGAAAAAUGUUGUUGUCAAAGCCUGAUAUCCGGAUUUCAGGCUCCUCGGCAUGAAUUAUUUUAUAGGUUGUUAUCAGAAACGAAGCUUUUACAUCAUCGGAAUGCUCGUGGGGAACAUCUGUUACUUUACUUGGCUAAAUGUAUGGAGCGCCAAACGCGGGAGCAACGGCAACACCGCCCAUCUAGACGUCGCCUGACUUCUACAACAAGCCGAAAUAAUUCUAAUUGUAACCCUCCUGUUACUUCUGUUUCAAACGCAACAUCUAAUUGGGAAUCGAGCAAUGGAGCUCAAAAUGUGGGACCAGAGGAGCCUGAUCAUGAUCUAGAACCUCCUCGAUUUGCACGUGAUGCAUUUGAGUUGACUCUUGAUUGUCCUGCAGCUGUUCACAGCAUGCUGACACUAGACAACAAUUCAGAUAUUCUACAUACUGAUACGACUCAUCAAAAGAAUGGUUUCAUUAAUGAAGACCAAGUUUUUCUGUCAUCUCAAGGCGGUACAAAUCAAUUGGAUGAUUUUGUAUUUACGCUGAUUUGCAAGUGUCCUCCUGAAUUAACUGACAUUUUGCUGUCUACUUUAAACCGAUGUAUCACUAGUUUCCCUCCAAAUACAGAAGAGAAGAAAAGAAAGAUUCUAGAUGAUACUUCGUUGGCAAAUACACCAACUAAUUCUGGAUUUUCGAAGCAGAAUGAUUAUCCUAACUCAACAGAAAUGGGAUCAGCGGCUGCUCGAUUCAUUCGCUCUGUAGCUCGAAUAUAUGCUAGUUUAUCUUUGGAAUUGGCUCCAGACCAGAAGAAGAAGAGCCGUUUAGGUUUGGCUCAGCCAACGCUUUUGGAUCUUUGUCGACAUGUAUUCAGCAGUUUGGCUCCAAUCACUAUUAAUGAAUUGCCUGUACUUGCCGCUAGUCUUCUUGUCCCUAUCCGUACAGGCACUGUACGUCCAUGUGCACCUUUCUCAUUCACGUCUCAGUCGAGUGAAGUUACCUCGGGACUUGAAUUGUUAAUUAAUGCUGAAAGAAAUAACUUUACACGCCAGCAAUUGCUUUCAUCUAGUGAAGCCACGAAAUCUGAUGAUCUACCCAACAGAGGAAUACAGAGAUCCAUGAGCAUCGAUGAUGGAUAUAGGCAUCAUCACACAAGUCUCAAUAUUCAACCCACUUAUCGUAGUGUUUCAGAAUCUGCUACAGUUCCUCCUAUGCGUCACCACAACGUUAUAUCCACAUUAAAUGUCGAGUUAUCCUCGCCAAAUGCUCCUACCUCAGAUACUUUGGAAUCUGAUACCACUAAGUAUACUCAUGCAGAGUCAAACAUUGAAGUUAUAUCUCCCACCACAGUUACACCCUCAAUACAUGAUCCUUCAUUACUUACUCUUCAAAUGCAGUCCACUAUCACUGAUAUCGAGACCAGUGCUUCUGAACACACACAAACAGUUAUGAGUUCAACUGCCGAUACAUCUAUUGCUUCAGUCAGAGCAGAUCCAAAUAACUCAUCCGUUCAUUUCCCUUCAUCAGCUGUUCCAAAUGUUGCUAAUACCUGCUCUUUGAAUUUCGUCUUUACUCCUAAUUUUUCCGUCAGUGGCUGCACAGAGUCCAUUUUCCAGAUUCAGUCUUCUGGGGAAUCUCAUACUUCUCCUACUUAUGAAUCUCCUGAUGACAAUGCUGUUGAGGACGAGGCUGUUACCGAAAGGAUCGGCGAUCCAAAAGUGACUCACAGUGAAGCCGUUGAUUCUGGGACUUGGCCUUAUCCACAACGUGAAGCACCAGCAUAUCAUUCUCAUAUAUUUCCCUUAAUGCCGGAUGAUGGUGCAGUGAAUGACCCCUGCGAUAAUGAGAUAUCAUUUCCUGGUGCCUCUAGACGUCGUGUAACCGAAUCUAGUAGUAAUAGCUUUUGUAAACGCCGUAGAACAAUCGAACCAGAUAUUUCCUCUCCUGAGUCAAAGGAUGAUACCGCUCAAAUCGAUUCUCAUAUAAAUUACCCAAUGUCGCCAUCAGCUCAGGAUGAACUUCCUUUGUCUCUUUUGGAGACAGAUGCGACUGUCAGCCAAACAAGUAGUACUGCCGUUACACUAGGAAGCACUACAGAUUUGGAUAUUAGAUCAGAAUUAUCAUCUAAUUUGAAUGCUGAACUUCACCCAACAUCUAGUUUUUCUACAAAUAUGGUACCUGAAUUGCAUCAUUGCGUCUCUGAAGUAUCUGAUCGUCAACAAGAAGAAAUUGGAUUUAGUCGCUUGCUCAAUGCUGACGUUGAUCUCUAUCAGUCAUCAUUGUCUAUUCAAGAGGAACCUUUACCUGGGCGAACUGAUGAUGCUGCUAAUGGACAGCAAAAUAAUAUCGGUUUUCCAAUUUCUGAACAGUCUAACGCUUUCCAGGCUGAAGAUGUAUCUGAUGGUCAAGCUUCAGAUUAUGAUGAGUACGAUGAGCAAGAUGAUGGUGAUGAUGGUGAAGAUCAUGAGGACGACGAUGAGGAAAAUGAAACUGAGGAUGAAGAUGGUGACCAAGAUGUUUAUGGUGAUGGUGACCAACUUAUAGAAGGGGAAGAUGAUGAAGACGAUGAGGAUGAUGAAGACGAUUCUUCCCAUCAUAGUGAUGGAUCAAGUGCAGAUGCUGGAAGUCGUUCAACCUCUCCCACUUGGGUUUCAUGGCCAAGAACAUCUAUAUUUUCUCGCUUGAGUUCACGAGCCGUCUCACAGAGUUCUGAGUCCAUAGUUACUUCUGCAAAUACCACAGAUGCCUUAAAUAGCAGUCGGCACAGCACCAGCGAUCCAAAUGUUGUCACAACAGGUCAAAGUUUGGCUAAUGUAACUUCCGUCACUCUCCAAGGGCGAAAUACUUCUAGUUUACUGUCUGGCCGUCGCUCUGUUCAGUCAGUUAUCGGCUUACUGAAUACAUCAACAUCCUCUGCAACUCCGACCCUAGUGAUUUCAAGUACGGGAAAUGUAACCAACGCAUCUGCCAGUAGUGAAACUGCUGUUACAAACGCUACCAGCUCUGUCACUACUCCAGCUGUAUCUACUAAUAUGGGAUGUAUCAUGACAACACAGGUAUACUUGUGUCGUACAUUCGCUUGUCUUCUGCGAGUAACUGCUGAUCUUCUCACUGAAAUUCAAGGGGAAUAUAGUACCUUUUCAGGUUCUUUGCGGCGCUGUACAUCAGUUCCCACUAAUAUUGGCCUCCCCUUGACUGUUUACGAGCAGCAACGCCGUUUGCCCAUAUAUUGCACAUCUAGUAUGGUGGCCGCUUCUACAACGUCAGCUAACAAUCAACCUCAUACUCUAGUAUUGACCCCAAGUAACACCUUGUCUUCUAUUUCUCGUCCAAACUCAAGCUCUACAGACCAACCAUCAGCCAUUCGAGGUCGUUUAAUAAGAUCGUGUACAACUGCUGUUUCAUUGGCAAGUAGUCGUACUAACUCAAUAAAAGUGGAUUCAGAUAUACAAAAUGUUCAACUUGUAGCAUCUGUUGGUGCAGCUUUAAUCCCAGUUUGGCAAUGGAUAACCAUGGCCAUGGAUAAUCUAGAAGCUCAAUUACGAUUUUCAGCCUCUUGGAAUGCAUACUUCCCCAAUAAAAAUACUACGAAAAUUCAACCAAAGAUUAAUGAAAAUCAAGAUGGUAUUAGUUCAGUUCGUGAUACCUCGGUGUCCUCGUCUUCACACGUCAGUAAUGAAGCUAAUAACAGGCGUGCACAUGCUUCAACAUUAUAUUCUAGAAGACCUGCUACUGUUGCAAACACUUCAUCGUCUUCUACAACAGCUAAUACACGAUCCUCUUCAAAUGACCCCAUUCUUGUCAGUAGUUCUAUAGACAAUGUUGCAGUGGUUCUUGGACAAAGACAAGAUUUCUUGGCCUAUUUAUUUUCUAUAAUGCGUGCUUCAGGUGGUGAUCAUGGCGAUAGUGUGCCUUUCAUUGAUCCGCAAGUGAACAAACAUCUUGCCUAUAUUUUAGAUGCAUUAUUAUACUUCUUCCGUGUUUUUGAAUCCUCUUGGCCGUCUGGUAUUACACGACAAUUAAAUUCAGUGUUACUUAAUCCUAGUGUUCGUUUCAAAUUAGGUGAUGCACAACAAGAGUGUACUGAAGAAACUGGAGAGUCAUCAACAUUGUCUGUUCUUCGCACCACUCAAUUGUCUUAUGAAAAAACUUCAGAUGGCAAAAGCGUUUUUACAGGUGAUCAAAUUACUCAGCGCAACAAUCCAUUUUUUCGUCGUUCAGAAAGCGUAUUGUCUUUAUCAGGUCUUGGUCCUGAUUUACUGGAUGCACCGUUAUCAGAAUCUUUACCUUUGGCGUUGCAACCACAAUUGUUACAACCAACCUCUGGAAGAGCUGAACUAUUUGGAUGUGAUCGACUUUUACCCUUAAACUCCGCAACUCUUGUUUCCAGCACUCGAAAGAAUGAUCACAUUCCAAUACACAUGAAUGCGAUGUCCAGUACAUGGGGGGAACGAAUGUGUGGUGUCCAUAUUACGGAAAUCCCUUCCAUCAAUGAGAGCGAUGAUACGGAGUUCCAGAAUCCUGAUGUACAACAGUUGUUAACAGGGGCUAAGUUCUUGGAUUCUGUUGGUCAUUCUGCUACGCUCCUCUCACGGUGGUGCGCAUCUUUGGAAUUUUUCGGACGUCACUUCACUUCUGAUGUUGGGUCUGAAAAUGGAAGUUAUAUCUUUGAACUUGAUGGUUUUUCAGCAAAAGAAGGUAGAUUUAGAAAGCAAAUGGAACGUUUGCGUAAUCUGUGUCGCAGGGAUCUGGUUUUAGAGAUUGAACGAGAACGUGGCCCAUUGAUUUUAAACACUAUCAAACUGUUAAACAUGGAAUAUGCUAAACGUCAAUCUCAAACACCGGUAACUAACUUGAGUAACACAUCAAAUGGAUCAGUGUCUAGUGUAAAUAAUUUUCCCCUUCAGUGUACCAGUGUAAACACUCAUCAACGAGACUCACAAUCAACGCGUCAAAAUACAAAUACUAGUCAAGUUGCUAUUUCUCUUCUUCUAGGCACUACUACAGAUUCUCCAUUACUAGGUACAUUAUUUGGUGCCAGUCCAGUAACUCCGACUUCUUCCGUUACUGCAACUUCAAUCGUUUCUGGACAACAACCAAUACUCUCAUGUCGACGCAUUAAAGUAACUUUCAAAGAUGAACCUGGUGAAGGUAGCGGUGUUGCUAGGUCAUUUUUCACAGCUUUUUCGGAAGCAGUAUUGUCUCAAGAGCCUUUGCCUAGCUUGAAUUUACUUCUUCAAAAUAAUUCGUCAAACUCUUUGGGUAAUCAACAACCACAUUUCCAUCGUCAUUAUACUGUGUUGAGUCGUUCCCAGUCAAACAAUUCUACAAACAGACCAACUACAGUCCUAGUUCAAUCAACAACUGCUGGUAUAUUUAUGUCCACCCAAUCUAUAACAAGUAGCUCUAACAGCACUCAUUCCUCGACAGUAAUGUCUAGUUCACUAAAUAGUGGUCAGAGUGGACAGUAUACAAUACCUUCAACUACAUCAACAACGAUGCAGUCGUCUAUUUCCUUUUAUCCACAUCAAAUCCAACCUCGACUGCAUACAUAUACAGUUGGAUCACGUACGAGAUUAAGUGCUUGGCGACGAUCUGGAGGACUGUCUGCAAACGCCCCUCCAUUUUAUCCGUCUGCAGCUCAGGCAGCAUUCUCCUCAUCUGACUUGUCACUAGCUGAUUCUAAUUCUCAAGCAAGCUCUCCUAAUCCGUCCGCAGCUAGACAUCCUGAUACUUCUAAUAUUUCUCACAUUCCAAUUGGAAAUGUCUGCAGUAUAGAAGUUCCGUCAUCGAGAGUCGUGGAUUCUUGUGCUUCAUUGCAACCUUUAAGUUCUAAUACAAAUAUUUCAUCAGGAUCAAGUCCAAGCAGAACUCAAGAUCCAUCUGAUAGUAGCAACAGGAAUAUUUUACUAGUCAACUACGAACUUUCCAACUCUAAUCAAUCUUCUGAAAGUAGCAACUCCACCUCUAUCUGCACCAGACAUGACCUGGCUAAUGGAAGGUCUCUGGGAAGUAGACUAUUUACACGUAUUCAAUCUCUAGUAAGGAAUGAACACUUAACUGCACGAAUCACUGGAAUGCUUCUUGAAUUACCGUCAUCAGAGCACUCAGUUUUAUUAACAAAUGAAGAAGCUUUAUGUAAUCGUGUUGAUGAAGCAAGAGCCUUAAUAACAAUGUCGGAAUCAAAUGAUCAGAACCGAGUUGAACGUCCGCGCACGCCUUCAGUUCUUGAACGCUUAGUUAAUUGGCAAGGGGUAGCUUUAACUGUUGCAGGUGUUACGUCUGUCAAUUCACAAUCCAAUAUGUCUUCAUCAUCAAGUACAGUUACAGAGUUAAUAAUUACAGAAGAUGCUGAGCGUGUCCCCCUUUUCUGGCAACCUGGUUUACAAGGUUAUUACUUUCCACGAGCUAUUCCUGGCAUAAACUUACCUUCGAAUCAAACAUGCGAUACAGUUAAACUAGCUGCACGCUACUCUAUUUACAGAGGUAUCGGUCGUGUAAUUGGUUUGUGUUUACUGACAAAUGAGACAUGUCCCUUACACUUCAGUCGACCUGUUCUCAAAUAUAUCCUAGGUCGUGUAAUUCACUGGCAUGAUUUCGCCUUCUACGACCCCACGACUUUUGAAGGGUUGCGUCAGCUGCUCUUGCAUACAUCCGAAGGCUCUUCGAAGUCUCAGGGAAGUAUAGAAGAUUACAACUUGACUUUCUCACUUAUUCCUGCCUUGGAAGAAGGUGGUAUGUCAUCCACAGACGCGGUUCGUCAACCGAAUGCCUCUUUGUAUGCUUUGGUUCCUGGUGGAGAUGAAGUUGAGGUUAAUGAAAGCAAUGUAUUUGAAUUUGUUAAGAAGUAUACAGAAUUCAAAAUGAAAAUAGCAGUUCAGGAACCACUAGAGCAACUCAGACAAGGUGUGUUUGAUGUUCUACCUCGGAAUGCCUUGGACGGGCUAACUGCCGAAGAUUUGCGCUUACUUUUAAACGGAACUGGAGAUAUAGACGUUGAUGUACUAUCUGGAUAUACAACUUUUCUAGAUGAGACUGGUACAGGAUCAAACGCAGAUGUGACCAAAAGCUGUGAUAAUACAAAUUGUGUAAAUCGCUUGAAAAAGUGGUUUUGGUGUACUGUUCGCAAUAUGGAUAUUAAGCAACGUCAAGAUUUAUUGUACUUCUGGACAUCAAGUCCGACUCUCCCUGCCAGCGCUCAAGGGUUUCAACCUAUGCCCUCAAUAACAAUCAGGCCACCUGAUGAUCAUCAUCUCCCAUCUGCUAACACAUGUAUUUCGCGUCUCUAUUUACCACUAUAUUCAUCAAGGCACAUAUUACGUGACAAACUGUUACAGGCGAUCGGAACAAAAAGCUUUGGCUUUGUAUAA